CUCUUUUUCUCGAGGUUGCUUCUCGACUCGAGGUUGCUUUCUCGAAAUUGUCACCACAAAAGCGAUCCGUUGCGGAAUCGUCUCUUCUUCGUUCUUGGAGCUCUCUAGGUUAUGGUUAUGAAAUGGGUCUAGCCAUCGCCAACAGCCUCUCGGGCUCGUCGCCUCAGGAAAUUCCGAGCCGCACUUGGAAGGAUUACUGUCCGGGCAUUUUUUCGAGAGGUAGCGAGGAUUCCGAUAGAAGUGACCGCGUAGCAGACUUCAUGCACUGUAUGGACACGCUACUAGCUGAUGAGGUGGAAGUAGUGAAGGUAGCGGAAUUCCCAGUUGUAGCGGCUACAGUCUAUCCGAUGCAUGACGUGGAUGAGGACGGUCCGGAUGACCUUGACACGUCAGCGUCGUCAAGCGACUCCGCCGAAUCAUCUCCCCGAACUUCCUGGAAGAUUUCAGCGGCCAUGGAUCCACGUCAGCUCGACUGGGUGCACCUCGCGAGUCGAUUAAAAUCCUCGGCUCUCGGCGUGCUGCACCAGACGAAGACAUCCGCACCGCUCGAACAGACGAGCACACGAGCCUCAAUAGAGAGCGGGAAACGCGCCGUUGACGAGUACUCGGGCGAUGGAUGUACAGAGAGUUCAGGGGAUUCGCGCGACAGCUCAUUAGCUUCGGAGGCGUCGAUCCCCGGUGCAAUUGGCACAGGAGGCGAAGACGAACGGGAGGACGCUACCAGUGAGCGGGAUAGUGCUGUCAGUGGCGAGGAACGGUGCGAGGCGGUGUCUGCGAACGAGGAGGCUGCGAACGAAGUGGUUACACGCGACCAGAUGGCGAAGGACUGUUGGUCGGAGCGGUCGUGGGACGCCAGCAGCGUGGGGUUGUGGGACGAACCGGACGUGUGGGACGCGCAUGGUGGCGACGACGCGGACGAGGUGGAGUCGAUCAGAAGCAUCUUCAGCUGGCCGGGCGCCUCGAGCUCGGAGAGCGAGGCAGAGGGCACGGAGAUGAUCGACAUGGCGCCGACCAGGGGGGUGGCGGCGAUGGCGGAGAUGGCGGAGACGGCGGAACCGGCGGAGAUGGGGGAAACGGAAGAGAUGGCGGGGAUGGUGGGGAUAGUGGAGAUCGACAGCGAGUUACGAGUGCACGUAGUUAAGGGGCUCAGGCGGGAGGACGCGGGGUGCGGGCUGGAGCUGCUAGGCAGCGUGGUUGGGAGGAGCAAUCUAGAGACGGCUCAGAAUACACUGCUAGGCGGCGUUGUGGGGAGGAGCAAGAGACGGAAGAGGCGCGCGGCGACGCGCCUGGCGAGUGCGGUACGCAUAGCGGGAAUCGGAGAGGACAGUAGCGAGUCUGAAGCGGAGGGCAUCGAAGGGCGGGAGAUGGACGUGUUCCGCGUGGCGGGGAUACCCGGGGAGAGCGAGGGAUCGCAGGAAGCGGGUGAAUGGAUGCAGGACGGGAAUGAGGGGUCAUUGGGUGCGGGCAGGGGUAUGCCAGGAAAAGGCGAUGAACGGCCGGGUGCAAGGCUGGCUCAUGCUGCGGCAGAGAUGGCGCCGGGAGCCGUGAAAACGGGCUUGAGAGAGGAGCCACUUGCAGCCGGCGCCGAUUGCUCUGACGGUAACGCCACUAACGGCUCUGACGGGCGGCCGGUAGUUGCCUGCCUAUCUGCGGCAUCGCGCGCGCUGGCAGCGCGGCGUGAACUAGAAAUAAGCAGCCAUGCCAGCUCUCCGCAGCGCGGCGUGACCUCUCUUGACGACGAUCGCAGCCAUGCCAGCUGCCGCUGCCACGUCGUGGAGCCGCGCUGCGAUGGUGGCCCCGAUAUAAGCACGAGCCGGCCAGUGUUGCCUCUCGUGGAAGGCGAGUGCGGGUCUGCUCGCACGGAGGCUGGCUCGGGCGGGUCCGCGGUGGGAGGAGUGUUGAGGGGCGCGUUCACGGCCGUUCUGCCUGGUGUGCGCGCCGUCACCUCCGCGCUUCGAUCCGCCGUGUCGACGGUCGGCGAGAUUUGCUACCACGAGCUUCACAGCGCAUCCCCGGCGCACCCGGACCACGCGCAGCUGCUCGCGGCGCUGGCGCGCGCGCAGGCGCACGGGCUGGCGGAAGGGCAGCAGCGUCUGGCGCCGUGGGACCCGGACGCGGUCGUGGCGGUGCCCCUCGGGACUGCCGCGCAGGUGAAAUCCGCGCUGCAGGCGUCGCGGGAGCUUCUGCGCGCGGAAGAGCUGGCGCUUCCCGGGGAGAAGGGGGAGGCGGGGAAAGACGCGGAGGCGGAAAGGCAGGGGGGUGAAGAGGACGCCGAUAGGGGGGAGGAAAGGCAGGAGGGAGUGCUGGGGGAUGUGAGGGGAAGCGGGGGAAGCGGCGGAAGCGGGGGAAGCGGGGGGAGUGGGGGAAGCGGGGGUAGCGGGACGCUGCCGAUGGUGCUGGCGCGCACGCUGCAUGCGCUGGACGUGUUCGAAGACGUGCCUUUAAGGGACGACGAGGAGGGCGCGGGGGGAGGCGCGCGGAUGUUCGUCCCCAUGCGCCAGCUGGCGGCCGGCCUGCCGUCCGUGGGGGGAAACCUAGGGGGAAGCAUGGGGGGGGAUUUGGGUGCAAUAGGGAGAAUGGGGAGCGAGAAAAGCAGAUGCAGCGUGAGGGGGAGUGACGGGGAGGGGGACGGAGGGGACGUGGUGGUGUUGGGGAGGGGAGAGGUGGCGGAGAUGGAUGAGGCGAUGGGGUAUAUGGGGGGCGGUUUCUUGGAUGACUUGCGGUACGCAGAUGAUGGGAUGUAUGGCGAUGAAAGGGGGUGUGAGGGCGGUGGAGCAGGAUGCGUGGAGGGUGGGGGGUGUUUUGACGGUACGGCGUGCUUUGAGGAGUGUGGGUAUGUGGAGGAGUGCGGGUGCGAGGCGAGCGGGUACAAGCAAUGCGGGUACGAGGAGGAGAGUGAGGCGAGCGGGCAGGAGGACACAGGCCGUGGGGUGAGUGGCUGGGGCAGCACCAUGCGGUCGAGGCAGAACCAGGCCAGCAGGGCGAGCUGGGGGCGGCUGAGGGGCGCAGAAAGGGAGAUGGAGAAGGGGUAUUAUGAGGAGCAGUGUCGAAUGCAUGAGGAUGGCAGUGGCGAGGACGAGCUGUUCAACCUCCGUGCAUCACUCCACCGCGCGUCGCAGCGGGCCCUGAACUCGCCGCAUGCCAUGCUGUGCCACCGCCACCACACGCGCAUGCAUUCAUCGCCCCUCCUGCGCUCCUCCCCCCACCUGCACUCGUCGCCCCACCUGCACUCGUCUCCCCACCUGCACUCAUCCCCCCACAUGCACUCAUCCCCCCAAGUCGACCCAUUGCCCCAUGCCUCCCUCUUCCGAUCCUACACCGACUGGCCCUCCUACCGCGGCCCUUCCUCGCUCUUCCCGGGCUUCCCCUGCAACGAGGGCAGGGAGAGCACGGCAGCUGUGGCAGCGGCUGCAGCGGUGGCGUGGUGUCAGGAGGAGUGGGAGGGCAGUGGGGUGCGGGAGGGAGGGGGGAGGGGCGAGUGGGAGGGGUGGGAGAGGAGUGCGAGUUUCCCCCUCUCGGGGUGGGACCAGGGCCGUUACUUGGAUGAGCCGUGGGACCCUUCUCUUGCUUCUGGUAUGGGUGGCGACAGAGAGGCCUUGCUGGAAGGAGGCCUGUUUUCUGGUGGCGGUGGUGAGACGGGGGAAGCAAAAGGGCGAGGGGGUGUGGCGCGGAAGGUUAAGGGUAAGGCAAGGAGGAGAGUGGCGGAGGGCAGUGGAGGGACGGGAGAGAGUGAGAAGGCGGAGAAGAAGAGGGGGAAGGAGAGGUGGGGGGGAGUGGAGGGAAGAAACACCGUGGGUGGUGGUGAGGCAGCCACUGGGGGUGCAGUGCAGGCAGGGAGUGUGAGAAGGAGAGAGCGCAAUAGGGGCACAGUUAAGGGGUCGGAGAGGGGAGAUGGCAAGGAAGGGGGUUCAGAUAGGCAGAAGAAGAGUGCGUGGAAGGUUGUCUCUGCAGGCAGUGGGGAGGUGGGGAUGGAAGGGAGCAGGGCAGGAGCGAAGAGACUGGAGAGGGGCAAGGCGGAGAGGGAGACAGAAGGUGGGGAGGAGAAGGGCGGAGCUGACAGUGUGGCAGGUGCCAGGGAUGGUGCCAGGAAUGGUGCAGGGGGGCUGGAGCAAGGUAGAGUGCGGAGGAAGGGGAGUGGGCGUGAGAAGAAGGGGAGCAGGCAGGGUGGUGAUAUGAAGCGCGGUGGGGGUGUUGAGAGUGGUGCGUUGGAGGAGACAGCAGAGGGGGCGAAGGAUAAGAGGAUGCUGGCAGCCAGAGGCGUGACCCCUCUAGGCAAGGCAUGCGGGACUGAGAGGGGUGGUGGUCUGGUCCCGCACCCAGGUCGCAAGCUAGUCAAGACCAACAAGGCUCUCACUGCUGCAGCAGUGUCACACGCGGGGCAAAGGAGCACAGGGGGCAUUCUACUUCCCAGUAUAAGCACUCGUGAUGUUCCACGCUCCUGUAUAAGCACUGGUUUCACCUCAUCCUCGUCAUCACCAUCAUUAUCCUCAUCGGCAGCAGCAGCUGGAAAAUCGGAGGAGUGUCAAGAUUCAGCAGUAGGGCCACAGCAGCAUCAGCCUGUUAUUCCACCAUCCAAGCUGCCUUUCUCCUCCUCACCCUCACCCUCACACUCUCCGUUCUCCUCCCCUCUCCACUCCACCGCCACCUCCUCCUCACCCUCUGGCCUCUCUGACCCCUCCGCCUCCAUGUUGCCCCUCAGCGCAGCUUCGCGGAUGGCUGCUGCACCGCCUCCCUCGUUCACCCCAACGCCAGCUGCCCCCCACUCAUUGGCGGAGCAUGCGGUGCAACGGCCUGUGAGUGCAGUGGAGGUGGAGGGUGACCUGGCUGCUGGCUCGUCCUGGCAGAUGGGACCUGAUGGGCGUGAUGCCACUGGUGCUGAUGCUGGCAGUGUUUGCAACACCAGCAGCUGUAGCACCAGCAUUGGGAUCAGCAGCAGCUGUAGCACCAGCAUCGGGGUCAGCAGCAACAGCAUUGUCGGCGGCGCUGGCAUUGGGCAUGAGCCCCAUGUCGUACGGUUUUCGCUACUGUCAAUGCUCUCACAUGCUCUGGCCGCCAUGCGUGCUGCCAUGACCCACGCCCGCUCCAUGCUCCACCACCUCUCUCGCGCCUUCCUCCAUGCAUCCAUGGCUCUACACAUGUCAUGGGGCUAGGUGCUGAAUCGCACAACCCGAUGGGCCGACUACUAAUACGACAUGCUAGUCCACCACCACCAGCAGAUGUGACAUGACUAGCAAAAAGCAGGUCUGAUUAUGAGGCGCUUCUACAUUCGACCUGCAUCUCACUUGUGGGGCCCGAUUGCCAUUGUGUCAUUGCAUGUACAACCUCUUAUUUAGCCCUUUUUGAUUGUAUUUCUGUACGCCUUUUCUAAUUUAUGCAACAUGUAUCUCCCGU